UUUCAACUUGGUUCUUAAGCUUGGUUCCAUAAAGCUGGCAGUGCAACCAUUGGACAUAUAUCAGAAAUUCAAUUGAGCACCUCCUUUUAAAUAUAUGGUUUGUAGACUUGUGGCUCUUAGAUCCCAGGGGGUCUAAAGUAGACCGUGUUACAAACUAGGCACAUAACAAGACAACAGCCAUUUUUUUUUUUUUUGAGGUGGAGUUUCUUUCUUGUUGCCUGGGCUACAGUGGAAUGUCGCAAUCUCAGCUUACUACAACCUCUGCCUCCUGGAUUCAAGUGAUUCUCCUGCCUCAGCCUCCCGAGUAGCUGAGAUUACAGGCAUUUGCCACCAUGCCCGGCUAAUUUUUUUUUUUUUUCCUGAGAUGGAGGCUUGCUCUGUCAUCUAGGCUGGAGUGCAGUGGCAUGAUUUCAGCUCACUGCAACGUCUGCCUCUCAGAGACGGGGUUUCUCCAUGUUGGUCAGGCUGGUCUCAAACUCCCGACGUCAGUUGAUCUGCCUGCCUUGGCCUCCCAAAGUGCUGGGAUCACAGCUGUCCCCUUUCCUCCUACCCAACGGCUUACUUUCAAGGAAGUAUUUGAGAAUGGGAAACCUAAAAUUGAUGUUUUGAAAAACCAUUUGGUAAAGGAAGGCCGACUGGAAGAGGAAGUAGCCUUAAAAAUAAUCAAUGAUGGGGCUGCCAUCCUGAGGCAAGAGAAGACUAUGAUAGAAGUAGAUGCUCCAAUCACAGUGUGUGGUGAUAUUCAUGGACAAUUCUUUGACCUAAUGAAGUUAUUUGAAGUUGGAGGAUCACCUAGUAACACACGCUACCUCUUUCUGGGUGACUAUGUGGACAGAGGCUAUUUCAGUAUAGAGUGUGUGCUGUAUUUAUGGAGUUUAAAGAUUAAUCAUCCCAAAACAUUGUUUCUGCUUCGGGGAAAUCAUGAAUGCAGGCAUCUUACAGACUAUUUCACCUUCAAACAGGAAUGUCGAAUCAAAUAUUCUGAACAGGUGUAUGAUGCCUGCAUGGAGACAUUUGACUGUCUUCCUCUUGCUGCCCUCUUAAACCAGCAGUUUCUGUGUGUUCAUGGAGGAAUGUCACCUGAAAUUACUUCUUUAGAUGACAUUAGGAAAUUAGACAGGUUUAUGGAACCUCCUGCCUUUGGGCCUGUGUGUGACCUGCUUUGGUCUGAUCCCUCAGAGGAUUAUGGCAGUGAGAAGACCUUGGAGCACUAUACCCAUAACACUGUCCGAGGGUGCUCUUAUUUCUACAGUUACCCUGCAGUUUGUGAAUUUUUGCAGAACAACAAUUUAUUAUCAAUUAUCAGAGCCCAUGAAGCCCAAGAUGCUGGGUAUCGAAUGUACAGGAAGAGCCAAGCAACAGGCUUUCCAUCACUUAUUACAAUUUUCUCUGCCCCCAAUUACCUAGAUGUCUAUAACAAUAAAGCUGCUGUGUUGAAAUAUGAAAACAAUGUCAUGAAUAUCAGACAGUUUAACUGUUCUCCACACCCCUACUGGCUUCCAAACUUUAUGGAUGUUUUUACAUGGUCUUUGCCUUUUGUUGGGGAAAAAGUUACAGAGAUGCUGGUAAAUGUGCUCAACAUAUGCUCUGAUGAUGAACUGAUUUCUGAUGAUGAAGCAGAAGAUCGCUACAUUCCAAGCUAUCAGAAAGGAAGCACUACAGUUCGUAAGGAGAUCAUCAGGAAUAAGAUCAGAGCCAUUGGGAAGAUGGCACGGGUCUUUUCAAUUCUUCGGCAAGAAAGUGAGAGUGUGCUGACUCUGAAGGGCCUGACUCCCACAGGCACGCUCCCUCUGGGUGUCCUCUCAGGAGGAAAGCAGACUAUUGAGACGGCCACAGUAGAAGCGGUAGAGGCCCGGGAAGCCAUCAGAGGGUUCUCGCUUCAGCACAAGAUCCGAAGUUUUGAAGAAGCCCGAGGUCUAGACCGAAUUAAUGAGCGAAUGCCACCCCGAAAAGAUACCGUACGCCCUGAUGGGCCAAUGAAAUCUAUAACCUCAGCCCAAUCACAUGCUGCGCACAGGAGCGACCAAGGGAAGAAAACCCAAUAAUGACUUAGAGCCCUGCUGUGGCUCAGGUGGAUCUAAAACUCAAGAACAAAUUUUAUUUAUUAUUGGAAAAUGAAACUAAAGCAACUCAAACAGCUUCAACCUGGAGGUGCAUUUAUAAUUCAGUCUGCAUUUGUUCUGUAAAAAAGGUGACUGUUUUAUAAAUUCUUUUAAUUUAUGUUCACUAUAUAUAAAAAGUACAUCUGUUUUGUUUUUCCCUUUUUUCUCCAUAAUUUUUAGAAAUGAAUCUGAUUGUUGUCAACACAUUUGUGAGGUCUUGUGCUGUAAAGGGGAACUUCCCCUAAUAAAAGGGCCUUGGAAAUCUCCACCCUGGGUUUCUGACUUGAA